AUGGCCAUGGUCAAGAACAUUGCAUGCACAUUGUUCCUUGCUGCCAUUGUGGUGGCAGCCACAUUGGUACCGGCGGCAAGCGCCGCCGGCGACAAAUCCAUUGAAGAGAUGGAUUCAUCCAUCAAGAAGGCCUUUGACGCGGUCAUCGCCGCCGCCCCAGCAUCCAAAAGGUCUGCAGUAGAAUCUUUCGUGCUCAAGCAGAAAGUCGCUGCCACCGCCUCGCUCAAUGAGGCCGCUGGAGAUAAGAAGAAACUUGAUGAAAUUGUCACUGCCUAUAAGAUGGCCUCCGAUGCGGUCCUUGCCGCUAAACCCGCCGACAAAUAUGCCGUAUUUGACAAAACCUUCAGCGAGGCUGGUCAUCCUCCCACCGUGAAGGCCGUCGACGCAUUGGAGAAUUCCUUCAAGGAGGCCAUUGGUGAUGUCGUCGCUGCUGCCCCAGCACCACAACAGGACGAAAUGAAAGCCCUCGUCUUCCAGCAGACCGUCGUCGCUGCCAACAUGCUUGCCCAGUCUGCAAAGGACAAGAAGCUAUUUGCUGCGGUUACCACCGCCUACAAGGUGGCUUCUGAUGCGGUCCUUGCCGCUGCGCCCGCCGACAAGUAUUCCGUAAUGGAAAAAACCUUCGCGGAGGCUGCUGAUGUCAAAGCAGCAUGA